UGCAACACACAGCAGCAGGACUUAGUUUGAGGGAAAUAACAGAGAAGAUUACACACUUUAAAGUUGAGAAAUGGCAGAACCAAUUUCUGAGGCGAGCUGUAAAGACUCUGACCCAGAAAAGGAGGAAAUAUGUGGGACAGAGGAUCAAAAGAGGAAUUGGGAGACCCCGUCUCUGGAGGAGCUGGAGGAGAUUUUACAUUCAGCACCACGCUCCUGUCGCCACGGAGAUGAGGUGUGGCCGAAUCUGUACCUUGGGGACAUGUUUAUGUCUCAUGACAAACUUGGCCUCUGGCAGCUGGGUAUCACUCAUGUGUUGAACGCAGCGCAUGGAAAACUGUGCUGUAAAGGUAGUGAUGACUUUUAUGGAACCACGGUGAAAUACUACGGCGUGCCAGCCAACGACCUGCCAACAUUUGACCUUUCACCUUUUUUUUACCCUGCUGCUGAGUUCAUACACCAGGCUUUGACAGCUGGAGGAAAGGUGUUUGUGCAUUGUGCUGUGGGUGUGAGUCGCUCAGCUGCAUUGGUCCUAGCCUACCUGAUGAUUCAUCACCACCUAAGUCUGUUGUCCUCUACACGCUGUGUGCAACAGAAACGUUGGAUUUUCCCAAACAGAGGCUUUCUACGACAGCUUAUAGCCCUGGACCGAAAACUGCAGGACGAAAGUUUGCAGAAGUCCCUGUUCCCAUUCACACAAUGCAAGACUGUCUCCAUUUGUACCAUUUACUGUAAGUAUACACUAACCAGUUCAACUGUGUCCAUCACUCCCCUCCCUUGUCCUCUCCUGAUGUGA